AUGGAUAAUAAGUUACCUUAUACAAGCACGACAACAAGGGAGUUCACAUUCCAGUUUUUAGAGCAAAUUACAGAUCAUUUUUCUGAGAAGUGUAUAAUUGGCAGUGGUGGUUUUGGAGUAGUUUAUAAGGGUGUACUAGACGAUGGGGAAGAGAUUGCUGUGAAGAAGCUUCUCAUGCCGUGGCUUGCUGACCAGCAAUUUAAUAACGAGUUUAAUAACCUUGCGAAGGCACAACAUCAAAACAUAAUAAAGUUAGUUGGCUUCUGCAACCACUCAUCAAAAGAAAUGGUUACAUAUGAUGGGAAACAAUAUUAUGCUGACGUGGAAGAAAGAGCUCUCUGCUUGGAAUACUUGCAAGGUGGAAGCCUUGACAAACAUCUUUCUGAUGAAUCAUGCGGUCUCGAUUGGCAAAAACGCUAUAACAUAAUUAAAGGAAUUUGUGAUGGCUUAUUCUACCUUCAUACUGCAUUCGAAGAACCUAUUUACCAUCUGGACUUAAAGCCUGAAAAUAUAUUGCUAGAUGAGGACAUGGCACCCAAAAUUGGAGAUUUUGGUUUGUCAAAACUCUUAGCUUCAAGACAAACCUACAGCACAAAGAAUAUCAAAGGAACAUAUGGAUACAUGCCACCAGAAUACAUCCAGAGAAACAAAAUCUCGAACAAGUAUGAUGUAUUCAGUUUAGGUGUAAUAAUCAUACAAAUAAUUGCAGGGAGGGAGGGCUACUCCAGAUAUGGAGAUAUGUCUUCACAAGAAUUUGUUGGGCAUGUACAUAAAAAGUGGGCAAAAAGGUUGAAGGAAACAAUGGAGACACCUACUUUCAACGAAGUUAGGAUAUGCCUUCAAACAGCAAUCAGAUGUGUGGAGGCCAACCGGGAGAAAAGACCAACUAUAACCGAUAUUGUCGCUGAAUUGAGAAAGAUUAACAGUGCAGAAAGCUCACAUAUGGACGAGACUUUCCUUACGGUGGCGCCCGAAUUCGACCUUAAGGAUCUAGCUGCAAUUAAAGUUGUUGGGAAGAGUGUGCUAUUGGUUCGCCAUAAAGAAACUGGCCAGUUUUUGACUAGGAAGAUUAUACGAGGUGGAUCAACAAAUGCCCAUGUCCGCAAACAAAUCACAUUGGGGCUGAAAAUAAGCUUAUCAACAAAAAGUGAAAGUGUUGUUAUGUCGUUCCACCCUAUAUGCGAUUGUAAUGGUCUUAUUUCUAUGCUCUCCGAGUACAUGGACGGCGGCUCCCUCGCUGAUUUCAUCGGAACUGUUGGAACCAUUCCGGAGCGCUUCCUUGCUGCAAUUUGUAAGCAGGUGUUAGAAGGGUUGAUGUACUUGCAUGAUGAGAUGCACGUUAUACAUCGGGAUCUAAAACCUUCUAAGAUACUAAUAAAUCAUACUGGUGAAGUAAAAAUAUCAUCAAUCUUCAAUGUUUGUGCCAAAGUUUCUAGUUCUUUGUCACGGUCAGAUUCGUUUAUUGGUACAUUCAACUACAUGGCGCCAGAAAGGAUCAGUGGGCAGGCACACGACUGUCUGAGUGAUAUUUGGAGCUUGGGCCUGAUUAUUGUGGAGUGUGCCACGGGCAAAUUUCCAUAUCCUCCUCGUGAAAGCUUCUAUGAACUUCUUGAAGCUGUUGUCGACCAGCCAUCGCCUUCUGCACCAGCAGAUCAGUUUUCAGAGGAAUUCUGUUCAUUCUUUUCUGCAUGUAUGCAAAAGGAGGCUAGCCAUAGGCCAUCUGCACAAGUCCUCUCAACGCAUCCAUUCCUGCGCAAGCACGAUGACGUGAGUAUUGGCGAUCUUGCUUCCUACUUCACAACUGCUGGCCUUUCGGAUGAAUUCGAUGGAUUGGACCUGUGA